AAACCAAAACAGCGAAGACGAUCAUUUCUCUGGCAUAGUAUACACUAGUGGGUGUCGCAUCACGAUCAUACAUACUACAAUGAGCGGGAGAGGGAAGACAAAAAAAAGUCCAGCCGGGCCCGCGCAAAGAGUCCAGCCGGGGCCAGAACCAGGGUGUGCCAAGAGUUUGGUUCGGGACAAGAAUGGUUCCAUUGGAGGUUGCCAUGCAGUGAUGGACACUAAGGACAUGCAACAGAUUCCUGAGGAAAAUAAACCUAAGGAGCAUAAGCAGCCUACGUGCACCACUGAGGGAAAGCCAACUGUGCCACCAGAGACCGGUUCAAGGAUUGUUGACUCACAUCAGGAUAAGAUCCUGUUUACAACACUUGAUAAAUUAAAGAUUAAGAUGACACAUAAAUCGGAUUCAUCAAGAAUUGUCAAUGACGUGGUAAGGUGUAUAAGUGACCACAUGAAAAAGUGUACAGAAUGCUUCAAAGAAGUAAAUGUUCUGCGCACUGGAAGUUACUACGAACAUCUAAAGAUUUCUGAUCCCGACGAAUUCGACGUGAUGUUUAAUUUUCCGGUGGAGCGGGUGGACAUUCGGCCAUUUGGAGACGAUGGAGCUUUUUAUAGCGUGGCAUUUAAACGGGGAAAACACUCUCUGGAUCGCUUCAAAAAUAGGGACAACACGGUAUCUGCGAGUGAAAUGCUUAAGGAGUUCAGAAACGAAGUUAAAACGUCUGUGAAGAAACAGAAAGACGUGUUGGUGAAGAAGAAGAAGGGUUGCCCGGCGGUGACCUUAAUGACGGGACGGGCUGUUCCCAUCUCACUGGACAUUGUUCUGGGACUACAGGUCAAAUCGAGUUGGCCCACUUUCACCCAGGAAGGCUUCAAAAUAGACACCUGGCUUGGGACCAAAGUGAAGAAAGAUCUAAAGGCACAUUCAUACUACCUCGUUCCGAAGUAUGAGGGAAAGGGCACGGUGGAACUGGAAGGGGUCUGCGCUAAAGACUCUUGGCGCAUCUCAUUCUCGCAUGUGGAGAAGAGUAUCAUAACAAAUCAUGGCUCCCAGAAGACCUGUUGCAAGGCAAGCGGAAUUCGCUGCUGCAGGAAGGACUGUCUGAAGCUUCUGAAGCACCUGUUAAGCCUUUUGAAGGCAGAGGACCCUAGUCUGUCCAAGUUCUGUUCCUACCAUGCAAAGACCACCCUUCUGCACGCAUGCUGCUCCAGGACCAAGGACAGUGACUGGGAGGCGACGCAGCUGGGACCCUGCUUCCAGCAGCUGUUGAGAGACUUUGAGGGCCACCUGAAAGAUGGCAAGCUCCCAAACUUCUUCAUCCCCACACACAACCUGCUGGGCUCUGGCCACAACCGCAGGAGAUGCCUGAUCCUGGCCCAGUGUAUUGAGGAGCAGCGCAACAAAGGUUUCCCAAUCUUCGGCUAGUGAGUCG